GGUCGCCCUGGCGCGAUGCUUUGGCACUCCACACCGGCCAGCCGCGGCCUUUCGCCCAAGCCGCCAGCCGCGGGGAGGCGACCCACGGCCCACCCAGCGCGAGGACGGAAGAGGCGCGUGCCCGGCAGCCAGGGCCAGCGGGCAGACAGACAGAGCCGAGCACUGCAGCAGAGAGUCUGCCACCCCUCCCCCCUAUUAAUAAGGCGCCGUGCGCGUGCUGGCCACCUCACCACCCCCCACAGCAUCUCGCGAUCCCAAAGUCCAACCAGCCUCCGCCGCCUCUCCUCGCCUCGCCUGCGAGAUCAGCGCCGCCUUCUCCCCCGUCUGUUUCGUCGGAGGAGUAUCAGCAAGAUGUCAACUGCCACUGCUCCAGGAGUGUCCUUUGCUAAAUCCGGGUCUGGUUCCCGGGCUGUUGCUCCGGCGAUCAGGAGCGCUUCCUUCAUCGGUUACGCCAAGCAAACACCAAACUUGUCUGGCCUAAGGAUGUCAAACAAGUUCAGGGUGUCUGCCGCGGCCGUGCACAAGGUGAAGCUCAUAAGCCCAGACGGUGAAGAGCACGAGUUUGAGGCCCCUGAAGACACCUACAUUCUCGAGGCAGCUGAAAAUGCUGGAGUGGAGCUGCCAUUCUCCUGCCGCGCCGGAUCGUGCUCCACAUGCGCGGGCAAGAUGACUACCGGGGAGGUUGAUCAGUCGGAGGGCUCCUUCCUCGAUGAGAACCAGAUGGGUGAGGGAUACCUUCUGACCUGUAUUUCAUUCCCCAAGGCGGAUUGCGUCAUUCAAACCCACCAAGAGGAGGAACUCUACUAGUUGUCUCACAUGUGCUUGUGUGGCACAAUUGUUGAAGUUCCAUGGCGGAUUCGUUGUUCAGUUGCCUUCUGUUAUUAUCUAGAGAGAUGGCUAGGUGGGUGUAUCUUCCUGGUGAUCAGUCAUGUCUUUUGAUGAGAUCGUUCUAUAUGAGUUGUGACAAUAAUUGAUGUAAAAUGGUUUGUCAAUCCAAACUGCAUCUGUUUAGAUUGCAGCAAUUCGAACUACCAUACACUGUUGGAGGUCUUGAAAACAUGUUGUACUUAUGGGUCACUUCCUUGAGGAAUUAUAUUUGGCCGCUCCUCUGUUUGCAUUA